CGGCCCAGCGGAAGGAGCGGCGCGCAGUUGUUUGUUUCUCUUCGCCGUAGGAGCUCUGCCUCGCCCUGGCUUUUCCUCGCCCUGGGGUUUGACUCCACGACCCCCUUAAGCGAGGGUCGGGGUGAUUGGUAGAAGCCAACGAGUCCCGAGCUCGCCGCGGCCAGGAUGAAAUUCGUUCUGGACAUCCUCCUGCUCCUGCCCUUGCUCAUUCUCUUCUCCUUAGAGUCCUUCGUGAAGCUUUUUAUUCCUAAGAAGAGAAAAUCAGUCAGCGGAGAAAUCGUGCUGAUCACCGGAGCCGGACACGGAAUCGGGAGGCAGACUGCCUAUGAAUUUGCCAAACUUAAAAGCAAAUUGGUUCUCUGGGAUAUAAAUAAGCAUGGAAUUGAGGAAACAGCUGCUGAAUGCAGGAGACUGGGUGCCCAGGCUCAUCCCUUUGUGGUUGACUGCAGUAACCGAGAAGAUAUUUACAGCUCUGCAAAGAAGGUAAAGGCAGAAAUUGGAGAUGUUGGUAUCUUAGUAAAUAAUGCUGGUGUAGUCUACACAUCUGAUUUGUUUGCUACACAAGACCCUCAGAUUGAAAAGACUUUUGAAGUUAAUGUGCUUGCGCAUUUCUGGACUACAAAGGCAUUUCUUCCAGCGAUGAUGAAGAACAAUCAUGGUCAUAUUGUCACUGUGGCUUCAGCAGCUGGACAUACUGUGGUCCCCUUCUUACUGGCUUAUUGUUCCAGCAAGUUUGCUGCUGUUGGGUUUCACAGAGCUUUGACUGACGAGCUGGCUGCCUUAGAAAGAACCGGAGUCAAGACGACGUGUCUCUGCCCGAAUUUCAUAAACACUGGCUUCAUCAAAAACCCCAGCACCAGCCUGGGACCCACCCUGGAACCUGAGCAAGUGGUAAACAAGCUGAUGAAUGGGAUCCUGACAGAGGAGAAAAUGAUCUUUGUGCCAUCUUCUAUACGCUUUUUAAUGGUACUGGAAAGGAUCCUUCCUGAGCGUUUCCUGGCACUUUUAAAACGAAAGAUCAACAUUAAGUUUGACGCAGUAAUUGGAUAUAAAAUGAAAGAAUAAGUUUCUGGUCUUCCUGAAAACUGAUUCCCCACAUUUAAGUGAUUUCUCCUAACAUUAAUCAGUUUCAACGUUGGAAGUGCUCUUUUUCCUAAUUGUCCUUUUUUCUUCAGUAUCACCUUUCGAGGCCCUGACCAUUCUCAUUUAUCUUCGCUUUUUGUUUAUCUGAAACCUGAUUUCAUGUAUCACAGAAAUGACCAUAGGAAUGGACUUUACAGAAAAUGAGGAAAAGGAACAAAAACAAUUUUAUGACAGUAAUUCCUGGGAUUUUAUGGUUCAUCUGAAGGCUUUGCAAAAUCUGUGCUAAAACUGUCUAUUGAAGAUAGAAUUGCAGUGCAGUUGUAUGUCAUAUACAUAAUUCCUUUUUCUGUUCUAUAUAAAAUCAAAAACUUGAACUUCCCUAAGUAUAAUGAAGGACUCUAUCUAGUGGCAUUUCACAACAAAUCUCAUGAGUUCUUAAACAUUUCAUGCUACCCAUGAACACUGUUUCCUGAGAGAUACCUCACAUUUCAAUACCAAAUAUUUCAGCAUAAGGGAAACAAGAGUUGGGCAAAUGCUGCACAUAUGAAGGUAUCUGUGGGGCCUAAGGCAGAGGACUGGGCCAAGGUACCAUAUAUGGCAACCGUAAUAAAUGGAUCAAACUUCUGGUGUUUCAUCUUUUAGUCUUAAACAGGACUUGGCUUAAUUUGCAAAUUAAAGUAUAAAUGAAUUAUGCAAUCAAAGGUCUUUUCAAGUGUCUGGAAAUUUUGCAUGUGAGGAUUGGAUGUCAGGCUUGAAUGUGAGGCCCAGUGAGAUGGACCUUUAUGAUCAGGCCUGCAAAUUUAAAAAAUAAAUACGUUUGUUGAGUUUCA